AUGAGUGAGGUGUUCGAGGUGUACGAGCAUCACUAUUGCGAGCUCUCUGCCAAUCUAUCAAGCUACUGCACUGCCGCUACUGUACUUGAUGGAGAGCAAAAGAAGCAGAAAAUUUCCGAAAUAAAAACUGGAUUAGAUGAUGCGGAUGGUUUGCUUCAGAAAAUGGAUCUUGAGGCAAGGAGUUUGUCACCUAGUGCAAAGGCAACCCUUCUUGCUAAGUUAAGGGAAUAUAAAACUGAUUUCAAUAGUUUGAAAAAUGAAUCCAAAAGAUUCACAUCAGCUAAUGCUAAUCUGGCUGCAAGAGAUCAGCUGUUGGAGUCAGGAAUGGUAGAUGCACUGUUGAUACAUGGUGUGGAUGACAAUGUUAUCAGGAGCAAGAAGAUAUUGACAUCCAUGUCAAGAAGGAUGAGCAGGAACAAAUGUAUCAUUGGUUCCAUAGUCGCAAUCCUAGUUCUUGCAAUCAUAUUCAUCCUUUAUUUUAAGCUGACUCAUUAG